AGCACCGUGGUGAUAGUAGCAGUUAGCAGUCAGCAAUCCCAGCUCCUCUCUCUCUCUCUCUCUCUCUCUCUCUCUCUCUCAUACAACACAUAUCCAUAUAUAGAGAGAGAGGGUGAGAGAAACCAACAGUAGAGACCUCUCCCAAUGGAAGACUUCAGAUCCAAAUCAUACGCCGGUGGCAGGAUGCAGCUAGACAGUACCCACGCCCCCGACGGGCCCCGGCCCGGCCCCACCGGGCUCCAAGAUCUCCGAUGCUACAGUGCUUCAUACGCAUCGUCGUCGUCGUAUAACGGCCAACACCCGACCCAGACCCAUUUGGGUCCGCCCAAAGACCUGCAGUACUUCAAGAAGGGGAGACCCUCAAACGGGUCAACAUCCAAGAGCUGGAGCCUGGGCGACCCGGAACUGCAGAGGAAGAAACGGGUCGCCAGCUACAAGGCCUACACUGUCGAAGGGAAGGUUAAAGGGUCGAUAAGGAAGAGCUUUAGGUGGAUAAAGGACACGUGCAACCUGAUGGUCCAUGGUUGGAGGUGAACCGGUGGACAGGUUAUUUUCGGAUCCGGAUCCUCUGUGACGAUCGGGAUCUUGUGAGGGUUUUUGAUGAGAGGGUGCCACCUAUUAUGCCAAAGAUAUCCAAAGGUGCAAAACAUGAAAAUGUGGGUUGCUUGUAAUUUUGUGCUCGAACGACGUCAUUUAAUAGACGGAACCCAAACGGCCAAAAAAUUCUCAGUCUUCUCCUUCAUUUGCAGUUUCCCUUUUCAACCCAAAACCUUGUUAUCAACCAGGACACCUAUGUCCAUCCACCAAAAAUUCCACAAAAUUUCAUUCUUCUCCUUCGAUUUUCAGUUUCCACUUCUGAUUUGGUUCAAUGAUUUGAAAAUUUUGCUUCGUAGAUUGAAAAGUGAAAGGGUAAAGGAAGAACAACAAAAGCCCUAAUUUUGAUUUGGGAAAAACUGAAGCAAAAAUGGAGGGUUUUGAUUGAAUGAAAAUCAGAACCUAGGAGGAAAAAGAAAGGAAGAUAACUUCGGCGUUGGUUGAGAAGAUGAAAACGGAGAAGAAGAAUAUGAAAGCAGUUGUGGGUUUUCUCUCUAUUGGCAGCAGAACUGUAGUACAAGAAUUAAAAAGAAGAUAACAAUUGAGGGUAACGGA